AUGGGUGUUCCAGCCAUGUUCCGCUGGCUUAGCCAGAAAUACCCCAAGAUCGUGUCAACUGUGCAAGAGGAGCUGCCUAAAAAGGUUGGCGACAAUGUCAUCCCAGUAGACCGCACCGGCCCCAACCCCAACGGCGAAGAGUUCGACAACCUAUACCUCGAUAUGAACGGCAUUGUACAUCCUUGCUCGCAUCCUGAAGAUAAGCCCGCGCCCAAGACUGAGGCCGAUAUGAUGAUGGCCAUCUUCGAAUACACUGAUCGCUGCGUCGGCAUGGUCCGUCCCCGUAAGCUUCUCUACAUGGCAGUAGACGGUGUUGCGCCUCGUGCCAAGAUGAACCAGCAGCGUUCGCGUCGUUUCCGUGCCGCAAAAGAGGCCAAGGAAAAGGACGACGAGCGCGCUGAAUUUCAGAAGAUGCUCAACUCGCAGAAAGCAAGUCGUGGCGAGGACAUCUCCAGUCUCGAAGAGGUCAUCGAGAAGACCUGGGACUCCAAUGCAAUCACACCUGGUACCCCUUUCAUGCAUCUUCUUGCCGAGAGUCUUCAAUACUGGUGCGCGUACAAGUUCACAACCGACCCCUCGUGGAAGGACAUGAAAGUCAUCAUCUCCGAUGCAUCUGUGCCUGGUGAGGGAGAACACAAGAUCAUGAACUUUAUCCGCUCACAGCGCUCUAUGCCUACACAUGACCCCAACACUUCACACGUUAUCUACGGCCUGGAUGCCGAUUUGAUCAUGUUGAGUCUUGCUACUCAUGAGCCUUAUUUCCGUGUUCUUAGAGAAGAUGUCUUCUACGACUCGGGUAAGGACAAGGUCUGCACGCGCUGCGGCCGCAAGGGACAUAUCAGAAACAACUGUGAAUUCCCCGACGAUGGCAAGAAGCUCACUGAGGAAGAAGCUGCUGAAGAGUGGUCCAACUCCGAGCACCAACUCAAGCCCUUCAUUUGGCUGCAUACCAACAUCCUGCGCGAAUACUUGGCAGUCGAGAUGGACACACCAAAGCGCAAGUUCAAGUAUGACCUAGAACGCUCACUCGAUGACUGGGUCUUUAUGUGUUUCUUCGUCGGUAACGAUUUCUUGCCACAUCUGCCCAGUCUUGAGAUUCGAGACCAGGGUAUCGACUUACUCAUCAGCAUCUGGCGAGAUCUCGCCGCUGAGAUGGAUGACUAUGUGACUAAAGACGGUUUCCCAGACAUGCGUCGUGUACAGCAGAUCAUGUCCGCUCUGGCGAGCCGAGAAGCUGGCAUUUUCAAGAAACGAAAGGAAGUCUCGGAUCGCCAGGCAGCAAACAGGGCUAGACGCGAAGCACAGAAUAAUAACAACAAGCGACAACGAACCGACGGAAACGGCCCGCCUGGCUUCAAGCGUGCCAAGGAGAGUACCGACACUUAUACCAGUGCAGGUAUAGUAUUCUUCGACCCCAAGGAUGCGCAGUCAAAGGAAGUGCGCGAUGUACACAAGGACAUUAUGCACACCCGAGACGCCCAGUCGAACAAGAGCGCAGCUGCUCGACUCAAGGAGCUCAUGAAGGCCAAGGCCGAUGGCACAACUGCACCUGAACCUGAGCCGACUCCAGCUUCUGAGCCCGCUUCCGAGCCCGCUUCCGAAGCUGAAACCCCUGUCCACCUUGGAAAGCGCAAGAUAGAUGAGAUAGAAGAUGCCGACAAUGGUACGCCUGGUCGCAAUACGCCCGUCGUUCCCGAAUCGCCUGCCCAGGCUACCGAGUCCCAGAAGAAGGAAGAUGGGACAGUAGAAGAUACCAUCAUGCUUUGGGAGGACGGUUACGAGGAGCGUUACUACGAGCAGAAGUUUGGCGUCGAUCCCAACGACAUCGCUUUCCGCAACAAAGUCGCACGUCAGUACGCCGAGGGUCUCUGCUGGGUGUUGGCCUACUACAUGCAAGGUUGCCCCUCCUGGACCUGGUAUUUCCCCCACCACUACGCUCCCUUCGCCGCAGACUUUGUCGGUCUCGAAGACAUGGACCCCCGCAAGCUCUUCGAGAAGGGCACGCCCUUCCACCCCUACGAGCAACUCAUGGGCGUAUUGCCCGCCGCGUCGAAUCACGCUAUCCCCGAGCCCUUCCGUAUCCUCAUGGAAGACCCCGAUAGUUCAAUUGUCGACUUCUACCCUCAAGACUUCCCUAUCGAUUUGAAUGGCAAGAAGUUUGCCUGGCAGGGUGUUGCCAUCUUGCCCUUUAUCGACUCGAAGAGGUUACUAGACGCCAUGGGAACCAAGUACCCCGAGCUCUCCGACGACGAGAGGAAGCGAAACGAGUUCGGUAAAGAAACACUCAUAUUCUCUCAGGAGAGCGGUCUUUUCGACGACGUAGAGAAAGCGCUGUACCGCAAGGGACAGCAAAAAUACAAAAUCGAUCCUGCCAAGAGCCGAGCGCUUCACGGAGAUAUUGAGCCACAUGAUCUUUUUGUCAUGGACAGUCAGCUUGUUCCGCCGUUUGAUGCAAAUGGUAUCACAGAGUUUGAAGUCACUCAGGAUAGGAGCAUGAGAGUGUAUUACGAAAUGCCCAAUGUAAGCUCCACACGAGCACAUCAGUCCGCUCUCCUCCCUGGCGUCAAGCUACCCAAACCUGCUCUCAGCCCCGGUGAAGCUGAAUCUGUACGUCGCUCUAAUGAACGCGGUGGCUUCCGUGGCGGCCGUGGAGGUGGUCGUGGAGGCGGUGGCUGGCGAGGGGGUGGUGGCGGUGGUGGUGGAUAUAACAACAACCGCGGAAACGACAACUACCAGAACGGCGGUGGUCGAGGAGGAGGCGGGUACCAGAACGGCCGUGGCGGCGGCGGCGGCUACAGUGGCAACCGAGGAGGCUAUGGUGGAAACCAGGGUGGCUACGGUGGUCCUCCCCCACCUGGCAACUUUGCUCCCCCAUUCCCCGGUCCAGGAGGCAAUUUCGCCCCUCCGCCUCCAUUCGCUGCGGGUAACUUCCCUCCUCCACCACCUGGAUGGGUCCCCCCACCUGGCGUAGGUGGCUUUGCACCUCCCGGUCCGUAUGGCGCUCCGCCCAUCCCACCACCUGUCACACAACAGCGUCCUGCUUGGAUGAACGGCGGAAACCAGCCGCCGCCACAACAGGCGCCCGGUGGUAGUAGUUUGAGGGAUGAGAGGUUUUAUAGACCUGCUGAUGAGAUUUUGGGGAGGAGUGGAGGUGGUGGUGGUGGUUAUCAGGGAAACAACCCGAGGGAUGAUAGAGGUGGACGUGGUGGUGGUGGUGGAGGAAGAGGUAGGGGAGGACGUGGCGGUGGUGGAGGGUAUCAGGGAAACAGGCCUGCGUACAACUCUAAUGACUACCGUUAG